AUGUAUGCAGAGGCCAACAACGGAUCCAAUUCAGAACACCAGAUGUUGUUGCUGAAACUGCAGGGAUCUGCAGCCCAGAUUUUGGCGUUGCAUGUGAAUGACAGCGGGAACAGAAAGAAGCGCAUGGAAGCCGCGGGGGUUCUGGCGCAGGUUGAAGACUGCAGAAAGCGCGAGGACAUGAUGAUGGUUCUAGAUCGCAACAUGACAACGAGCUAUCUGCCUGCAUUGUUUGGAGUUGAAGGAGUGUAUUCCGGGUUGCACAUAAACUUGAACAAGAGGCCGGAGCCGCGUCUGGGUCGCAGCGGCGAGGAGGAGGCGGCGGGGGUGGCGGCGCCGAUUCCGGAGCCGGUGGUUCCGCGUGUUCGUCCGAAGGGAGCCUCGAUAAUUCGCGAGUUGGGUCCAGCGCCGCCGAUGACUUGGCGCGAGUACAACCGCAUCCCCCGGGACCAAAUGGCUACCUUGUUGCUGGCAAACAACAACCCGAUGUUCUCGCUCUGCCAUGAGAUCAACCCGUACCCGGACCAGUGCCUAAAGGAAGUGCUCCCCGGCGCCUCCAUGGUGGUGGUGCCGACUUUCGACUUGUUCUGCCAGCUGGCCGACACUCUCCUGACGGAGGCUCUGAUGCAAGUGGCUCGUGUGAAACUGAGUAACGGCGAAGACACGCGUGUGUCGCCGGUUACGGUGACUGAUGUACGCGAGGGGUUGCGUCAGAUGGAUGUGACGAAAAGGCAGUGCGGCUGA